UGACCAAUAAAAAUAGCGUCUCCUCUUUGGACACGACUACGCUUGUAUCCUAUUGGAUGGCAAAGAACUACAUAUCGCUCAGAACUACAUUUACCAGAGUGUUUGAGUCUUCAUGUGACUGCCGUGUGUUUUCCCUGCUACCUGAUGAGAACUCAGCAAACAAGUAGAUGCUGCUGUUUUAUUGCUGCAAGUCGUCGAUUGAGUAGGACGGAGGCGACGGAUCGCAGGCACAGCUAGCAGGGAUGUCUCCAGGCACAGGGCAGCUCACUGGGCUGGUCGCAGCUACCUUCACUCCACUCUCUCCGCAAGGGGAGCUGAACCUGCCAGUGAUUGGGCCGUAUGUGGACUACCUGCUUGAGAAACAGGGCGUGCGGAGCGUGUUUGUGAAUGGGACCACAGGUGAAGGCUGCUCGUUCAGUCUGGAGGAGAGGAAGCAGCUGGCGGAGGAGUGGUGUCGGCAGGGAAAGGGGAAACUUGACCAGGUCAUUGUUCACGUUGGCUGUCUGAAUGUAAAAGACUCUCAGGAACUGGCUCGUCACGCUGCUUCGGUAGGAGCUGAUGCCAUCGCUGUCAUCUCCCCCUCCUUCUUCAAACCCACUAAUGCAGAUGCGUUGAAGAUGUUUCUGAAGGAGGUGGCGUCAGCAGCACCUGAGCUUCCUUUCUACUACUACCAUUUACCCUCCAUGACGGGAGUAAACUUGGAGGCGAGGGAGAUUCUGGAGGGCAUUGAGAAUCAGAUUCCCUCAUUUAGAGGACUGAAGUUCAGUGGAACAGAUCUCAGGGAUUUGGGCCAGUGCGUCUGUUACUGCCGUCCGCACGGCUGGUCUUUACUCUACGGUGUUGAUGAGCAUCUCUUGGGAGCAGUAGUAUUAGGAGUGAACGGUGCGGUUGGGAGCACUUACAACUACCUGGGCAACAUUAUGAACAGCAUGCUGACUGCUUUUGAGAAAGGAGAUAUUGCUCAGGCCAGAAACCUUCAGUUUAAGAUGCAGGAGGUCAUCACGUUCGCUGUCAGUCUAGGUUUCAGCCUUCCCAUGAAUAAGCAGCUGAUGAGUGAGUUUUCGGGCCUACAUAUGGGACCCCCGCGACUGCCACUACUGCCCUGCCCACCGGACCACGCUAAGAGCAUCGCUCAGAAACUGCGGGAUGUUCUAGCAGAGCAAUAAUGUCCUGCUCAUCACUAAACAAACAGCACAGAGAUAAAUCCGCCGUACCGAGCGGAAAGAGACCAAAGGUCAGGUUUAUUAACACAUGUUGUUUUAUCUUGUUCUACUGUGUUAAUAAAUCAGCCACUACAGCAACAUUUCACUCAGCAUUACUGUAACUACACUACAGUAUAUGGACAAUUAAAAAAAGUAUUGGGUCACCUGUUAAGUCAUUGUUUCUUCUGAAUUUAAGGGCAUUAAAACAAGUUUUUUUU